AAAUAUAAAAAAUUCUUUGGGCCUAAAUGUGAAAUGUAUGGCUCCUCUAUUCUUCUCCAGUUAUUUAAAUAACUACUUUUCUUUUCUGAUCAAUUUUCAUUUUCUUUCGUUUUGAUUUCCUCUUUGGCCGCACCAAAAAAAGAAAAAGGAAAAUAAUAAACACAAAGGAUCAGAAAAAGAAGGUCGAUCUGGUUUAGUUUCUUCGCAUUUUAUUCGAAUGAAGGCUGAAUCUGACGGGCAAGACGAGAUGGCUGGUGGUGUUGCAGCCGAAGGAGGCGGAGGCGGUGGAGAGGGAAGCACGUCAAGUGAAGCGACUAUAAAUGCCGCCGAAAGGUAUAUGAAGGAAGUGAUGGAGACGUUUGGGGAUCAAGAAGAGAAGUUGGUGAUGUUUCGUGAAAUCAUGAAUGAUUUCAGGACUGAGAGGACUGACAUAGCUGGUGUGGUUGGGCGAGUGAAAGAGUUAUUCAAAGGCCAUAACAACUUAAUUGAGGGAUUUAAUUUCUUUUUGCCAAAGGGAUAUGAAAUUACCGUCGACAAACAUCAGCCUCCUCCGGAAACAUUGGAUUUUAUAAGGCUAGUAAAGGAACGUGAUGAGAGUGUUUAUAGACGAUUUAUGGAUGUGAUAUUUAGGUACCAGAGGGAGCACAUGGACAUAAUUAAGCUCUGUAGGGAGGUUGGUGCUCUUUUCUCGGAGGACUAUCCAGAUCUGUUUGUGAAGUUCAUAAGAUUUCUACCACCUACUUGAGCCUUAUCUUCUUUUUUUAUUUUUUUAGGUUGUUAAUUGCACCCUGAGUUGAUCCACCAUAUUUGUAUUUGGUGCCUGAGAUAAAACUCCAUUCCCACAAAU